UUUUUUUAUAAAGUUAAAAUAUACGCUUUGUUUAAACUUAUCGCAAAUUACAUACUUUACUUUCGACAUUUAAAGAUAAUUACUCGAUAAAGUGACAGGUAUAAACUGAAUCAAUUUAAAGCUUGUCUGUGUUUCGCCUGGCGUGACUAAAUGUAUAUAUGGGAUGCGUGGGCACAUGGAUGUGUGAGAGUGAUUGCGUGUGUAUGCACUGUAUGCUCGAAGUGACGUUUCGCGAUGCGAGAAAACGGAGUCGGGUUAGGUUAGGUUAGAGUUAGAUUACACUCCGUAGGAUACUUUUCGCGUGAUUAACAGCACACACGGCGUGCGAUGGUGCGUUGUGUCAAAUUGACACGCGUUUGUUAACAUGUACAUUCGUUUAACGGUACAUUGAUCCACGCGUCCCGGCCGAGCAUGGAUUACACCUACGAAAACAUUACGGUUUUGCACGAUGGCCCAUCCGCAGAAACGUGCAUACCGUUCCCCAGGAACAACAGAACAAUAAUCACAGAUGUAUAUGCAGGAAUACCCGAGAAUUUGUUGCUAAAUGUAAUAGGAUUUCUGCUUUUAGUUACUUUAUUUGGUUUAUUACGUAAAAAAGCAUGGAACUAUGGGCGUCUUGCACUGUUACACAAAUCCGAUAACGGAUGGAUGGAGCUGUUCUAUGGUGUUAAUGAAGAUAAAGAUACUGAUCCCUUAUUUAUAGAAGCUUCUGUCAAUUCUCAACUUUCUCAAUUGGAUAGAGGGUUUCUCUCAUGGAUUGUUACCGCUUUUAAGAUUUCCGACGAUGAAUUAUUACAACGUGCGGGACCUGAUGGAUUGUUAUACAUUAUGUUCGAACGUUGCUUAAUCUUAUUGACCAUCAUGAUGCUUGUUGUAUCAUUAUGUAUAGCUCUACCAAUAAAUUUUCAUGGAAUCAUGCAACCGGGAGACAGCGCAACAUUUAGUCAUACCACAUUAUCAAAUCUGGAUCCCUCAUCCAAAGUGCUUUGGUUAUACACAGUAAUUCUCUUAUCUUAUCUGCCAGUUGGUGGAUUUGUCAUGAGACGUCGUUUAAAGCAGGUGCGAGAUACUAGGCCUACUGGAGAAUUUGUAGCAAGAACGUUAUUGAUUACGGAUAUACCAAAACAACAAUGUACUGUUGAGAAGCUUACUGAAUAUUUCAAAGAAGCAUUUCCCGCUUUAACAGUGGAAGAUAUUACACUGGCUCACGACAUCAGACAUCUUUCAAACCUGGAUGCGGAAAGAGAUUGUGCCGAACAAGCGCGUUUGUAUUGUGAAAGUUAUGCCAAGAAGAGAGAACCUUUGAAAAUGUAUCCUUAUCCAUGUGGUCAAGUUCUCGGGCAUUGUUGCCUAAAUAAGCAAGUGGAUGCUCAAGAAUUCUAUACCAAUGAGGAAAUACGAUUAACGGCAUUAGUUGAAGAGGAGAAGAAUGUAGCACUUAGCAAAUCUCUUGGAGUAGCUUUUGUAACUUUAGGGACACCCGGUGCAGCUAAAACUAUGCGCAAACAAUUGAGGUCCUCGCCGAAUGUAAAAUGGAUCGUGAAUUAUGCGCCGAUGCCAUCAGAUAUAUUUUGGGAAAAUCUAAGCAUCCCAAGGCCGUGUUGGUAUCUAAAUGCCAUAUUAAUAAAUUGCGCUUUGGGACUUAUAUUGUUUUUCCUUACUACACCGGCCGUCAUAGUGACAACAGUCAACAGAUUACCACUUACUGGAGAAAUUAAGAAUCUUAGUCCAGUGCUUUCAUCUUUCCUGCCUACUGUUUUGUUAGUUAGUGUGGCUGCUUUAAUGCCUGCGCUAGUCACAAGAAGCGAAUCCCUUGUGAGACAUUGGACAAGAAGUAGCUUAAAUCGCGUUGUUAUGAGAAAAACGUUGCUUCUAUUGCUGCUAAUGGUGCUUAUAUUACCUAGCUUAGGAUUAACCAGUGCCGCAGCAUUUUUAAACUGGACUGUGAAUCUACGAAACAAUACGGCACAAUGGGAAUGUGUAUUUUUGCCAGAUCAGGGCGCUCUUUUUGUAAAUUACGUUAUAACUGCGGCCUUGCUUGGGAGUGGAUUGGAAUUAGUCAGAUUCCCGGAGCUCGCACUGUACACUUUUAGACUCUGCAUAGCUCGCAGUCGGGCGGAAAGGAUACAUGUCAGAAAAGCGGUACUAUGGGAAUUUCCAUUGGGAGCUCAUUAUGCGUGGUUACUGCUGGUUUUUACUAUGACAACCGUUUACAGUCUGGCAUGUCCCUUAAUCACUCCUUUUGGUCUACUAUAUCUUGUAGUCAAGCAUCUGGUGGACAGACAUAAUUUAUGUUUCGCUUACGGACCGAGUAUCGGUGGUGGCCAAUUAGCUGGAGCAGCAGUUGGUGCUGCAGGAGCCGCGCCAGUUUUAGCACAAGCUGCUCUUUUAGCUUUAGGUUUAGUGAGAAUUGGCCUGUCUCCAUUAGCUGCGGUGCAACUUACUGGUCUCUGUGCGAGUAUCCUGGGCCUGGUAACAGGUGCUACGUUGCCGUUAUCGAAACCUAAGACUCCAGUACCAAAAAGGGAUAUAUCAACGGGUCAAAAUUUUGUGGCACCAGUAUUGCGAAAGAAUCAGGUAACCACAGAGGAAACUAUUUCGACUGCUUCGAAUUCAGAAAUGAAUUUACCAAGUCCGACAAGCGCCACUUCCUCUAGACAAGAAAGUCCAAAGCUUUACCAAAACUAUGGCAGCGAACAGAAAGUUUAAGAUGUAUUUAUAUACUCGAUAUAUAUAAGAAUAUAAAAUGCUUUGUAACUUGCUUAAGAAGUUACUCAUUUAACAGCGUAUUCUAAUUAAUGUUAACGAGCUGUAAUUUAGGGAAAACUAUAUAUAGCACAAAUAAUGUACAUUUUUAAAGCAUUUCUUACAUCACAUUAAGUUAGCGUAAUUACAAUUUAAAAGAAAAAAAUGGCAAAAUAUUGCUUUCAGAUUACUUACAUUUAUAACUGUAUUUAUAAAUUCAUUACUACACAAUGCUUAAUAAUUUGUGAUAAAUAUAAAAAGGAUUAUAUUUAAUAUAUAAUUAAUUUAACAAUUUCGUUCUUACAUACAAUAAUUAGAUAAUAAGAAUUAUAUUAGCCUUAUAAUGAGCUUACGUAUUAAAUAAUUGCUACUACUUAAAGAAUCUCAUUUCGAAAAAAUGUGAAUAGGUAGAUCUUAUCAUUUGAAAUCUGGCAGUACAAAAACAUAAAAUGUCCAUUAAGUACACUUAAUACAUUUUAAUGUUAUAACUCUGUAUUAUAUUAACAUGUAAGUAUAACAUUACUAUGUAAUAACUUAAAAAAACAAUCUUGCAGCUAUACACAUUUUACAUGGAAAUGAUUAUUGAUUAAUAAAGUGCAAUAAUUUUGAUUUCCUUA